AUUGUGCGUGCGUGCGUGCAGUCGGCGGCGGCCUGAGGUGGUGGCGGCGGCGGCGACGGGAGGUGCGUCCUGAGUUACGCGGCCCAACGGCCGGCACCGCAGCAGCGCCUGGAAGAAAGAAAGGAAAGAAAAAGACAGAGAGAGAGAGAGAGGCUUUUCUUUCGACGCGAAAUGACCGAUAACCGUCUGCUGAGCCGAGAGAACCGACGACUUUCGUGAGAAACGGCGGCGAACGGUUGAGUCGCGAUGAAUACCCUGUCAGCUGUGGUGAGGUUCUCAGCAUACGGCAACCUGAGUACCGCAGUGCACGAUAACGCCAGCACAGCCACCAGCGUGGCAGCACCGACCUCGGCAGCAUGGUGGAGCACGGUGGAGCCCAGCGGCACGCUCUCCAAUAUCAGCCACCCGCACAAGUGCCUCAUUGUCCUGUACGCAGACAUUGGUCAUUCGAGAGUUCGUUUCUGGGAUGUCUUUCUUCUCAUCCCCAACGUGCUCUUCUUUGCGUUUUUAAUCUGGAAGCUUCCAUCAGCUAGAGCGAAGAUCCGGGUCACUUCUAGCCCAAUAUUCACCACAUUCUAUAUCCUGGUGUUUGUGGUGGCGCUUGUGGGUAUCGCCCGAGCCAUUGUUUCCAUGACAGUCAGCGCUUCCAGUGUGGCAAUGGUCACAGACAAGAUUCUUUGGGAAAUCUCCCGAUUCUUCCUGUUGGCAACUGAACUCAGUGUAAUAAUAUUGGGACUGGCAUUUGGACACCUUGAAAGCGCUGCGAGCAUCAAGCGUGUGUUGGCUAUCACCACCGUGCUAGCUCUGGGUUACUCAAUAACACAGGGAACCCUGGAGAUCUUGUAUCCAGAUGCGCACCUCUCUGCGGAGGACUUCAAUGUGUACGGACAUGGAGGGCGUCACUUCUGGCUUGCCAGCUCCUGUUUCUUCUUCCUAGUUUAUUCGCUGAUAGUCAUUCUCCCAAAAACUCCUUUGAGGGAGAGAAUAUCACUGCCCUCCAAGAAGAGCUUCUAUGUAUACGCUGGGAUUCUGUCACUGCUGAACCUGCUCCAGGGAAUAGGCAGCACUCUUCUAUGUGCUGAGAUUGCAGCAGGUCUGUGUUGUGUGGAUAUCACUACGUUCCUGUACUUUAGUCUGUUUGCUCCCCUAAUGUACGUCACUUUCCUGAAGGGGUUCUUUGGGUCCGAGCCCAAGAUCCUCUUCUCCUACAAAUCCCAGAUUGACGAGCCUGACGACACUGACGUACACAUGCCCCACACGCACGUUGUGGCCAAGAAGGAGGCGCUGGAGGCUGACGCCUACAGCAACACACAGAUAGACACCAACGCCUACCUGGACGACGUCACCGUCUCGUACCCGGUCGGUAGCAUCAACAGCAUCGACAGUGAUCGGUGGAAAAUGCUGAACGCUUGAAAGGCAAAACGCCUGCAGGAUAUUUCCUUGUGUCUGCAACUUCUGCCUCUUGAUAUUUCAAUCAUGGAAUGUGCCAUUGUAGGAUUUUAUAAAUCCUUCCAUUUUAGAAAUAACUUUGAACUGCAUGACCCUUCCACUCUGCCCCACCCCAACAACUACCAUCGCCCUCUAGCCCAUUGCCCAUUGUUUCUUUAUGGCUGCCCGCCCUGAACUUUAGGGAAAUUCCACGGAAUCGCUAGCCGUGUCGUGCAAUGUUGCCUUUUUACCUUUCCUGGACAUGUGCGUGUUUUUAAAACAAUUAUGAUUUUCUCCAAGGUUGAAUUGGAGGCUAAACUUUUUUUUCUUCUUCAACUUAAUUAGAAUUAAAAUACAUAACAUGGGCAGUGGGCGCGGGAAGGAGAGGGGUCGUGCCGAUUACAUGUUUGUCACUCAGUUUCCAAACCAGUAUGCAAUCAGCACCUUUGUGUGUUCUCUGCCCCCCCCUCUCUCUCUUUUUCUCUCCUCUAUCCCCUCCCCCGAUUCAGCGUCUGAUUAUAUUGUACUGUCUCUGGGGAGGGGGUGCAGAGGAAGGAAUCAUAUCGUUAUGUUGAACUAACAGAAAGCUAUGUUAAUACAAGUUGUUGCAGUUAAAGGUAUGUUGAUGCUCAUUUAUUCCUUAUUGCUGACUGGGUUUCUUAGCAAUCUGUCUUUCAACCGUUUAAUAUCCUGUUGCUGCUUCCACUGGAGGAUUAAACACACUUAAAACCAGGUGAGACCCACACACUGUAUUACUCCACUACCCACUUCCCCCACCCCCAGUAAUGCUGCUGAUACUCUUGAAUGCUUGUUCAGUAUCUGGAUGGACCAGUGAGUUUAAAGUAACCAGAACAUUUCUUAAAAUUAGUAUAGCACAGGAAUGGUUUUCUUUCCCUCCACCUCUCCCCACUCUUUUGAUUAGCAUACUUUAUCUUUUUCGUCCAUUUUAACCUGACCAGCACGCACGUUUCCAUCAGUUCUCAGAAGAUACGUCAACAAAGGGAGCCUGGCCCCGUUUGUGUUGUUAAACUGCAUUCACUCCCCUCCACAUACCUGCCUGCUCUUUAUCCCCAGUCCCGAACACCACAGCCGAGCUGUAAUUAGGAAGUCACUAUCAUGGAAUCUUUUUUUGGUCAGCAAUGGAAACCCAUCACCAUGAGUAUCCUAACCAGACUGAAAGUUCCACUCAUGUAUUGCCACCUCCACAUAGAAAUGUUUCCACAUCUGUAAUGGAAUGCACUUUCUAUUCUCUCCUUGGAAGGACACACACUUUGCUUACCUAAAUCCAGAAGAGAUUAGGUGCAGGUUGGCAAGAGCCAAGGCUCAGGGGACCCCAGAAUGUGUGUUAAUGCUGGAAUUUAACCAUUUUAAAAUUGCAAUUGAGUGCAUUCUCUGGCGAGCUUCAUGCUGCCUUUCCAGUUAGGACCACCCAACCAAUUAGAGUUCGGGCUUAUAGGGUCAGCAGCAGCUGAAUGAGAAGAAUCCUUCAUUCCCAGCAAUCGCCAAGACCCCUUCGCCCCCUCCCACCUCCCGGUUCAAACCAUUCUGCCAACUUGUAUGACAGCAGCAGUCAUACAGCUUCGAUACCUCCACAGCAUCGAGGGAGACAUACGUGUGUUUAUAUUAUAUAUAUAUAAUAUACACACAUGCACAGGUACAUACACGCAUAGAAAGAUUGCCCCAAAGCAAGCAUUCCCUUUGAUUGGGGAAUUGGGAAUUAAAGCCCAAAUGCUUUUUACUGUUGUUAGAAACUUAGAGGAAGCAAAAUUAAUAUUGAUUUAAACUUUAUGUAAAUAAUUUGAACCCUUUUGUCUGUUCUCUCCCCCCCCC